UUUUACUACGAUUCGCCUGCGCUCCGAGAGGACCCAUAUAUUUUCUGUCAAUUUGGGUUGCACUAUUCGUGUUAGUCCUAUAACUGGCCGGAGCUCACGAGUUAAUUGUAAUGUGAUAGAUUCAGUUCCCGUAGGUACAUGGUGACAGCAAUCUUCUAACUAUGAAGAAAUGCAAGUCACAAAAUCCUGUUCAGCUUUUAAGCUAACAUGGAUGGUGAAAUGAUGGUUUUGUUAUCAUAGGCAAGUACAUAGCACUUUUACCAUGCAUGUCUUAAUAUAAAAAGUGAGAUGUGUCUUCUUUCCAUGCAUAUCAUGACUAUGACGUUUGUUCCAAACCAUAUAAGGCCAAUUGGCAUGUUGAGCACUUUCAAAUUGUAUUUAUAUUCCUUUGUCAAUCAAUUGGAAUGCCCAGCUAUGUAAAAGGUAUAUAAUCUAACUUACAGGCUAAAUUAAUAUGCCCUCGUAUUGCAGAAGUGACAAAGUAUAACUGUAAAUUUUUCAAGCACUUUUCUUUUUCUUUAAAAAAAUGUAGUGUAGGCAGAGCACUCACAUGACACAGAACUGGGCAGGCAUAGGGUUUAGAGGCGGUACUCUUACUUGUAUUUGUUUCUCUUUCUCUCAUAUUGAUUAGUUUUACUGAUAGAAGCCUCUUGUAGGUCUUACAGAGAUGGUGUUAGGAUGGAAUAACGACCUUACAGCACAACAAGAUGAUAAGGGAAGUACAGCUCUUCACUUAGUUGCAUCUAUGCCACGUCAAAAAGACCGACGAUACAUACGUUUACUUCUACUGGAAGCCAAUCCAGAUGCAUUGUAUCAAAUGGACAAUGAUGGAUCAUUCCCCAUACACGUGGCUGCAUCCGUUGGCUCAAGAAUUACCAUCAAUGUCUUUCUUCAGAAGUCGCCCAGUUGCGCUGGUCUACGUGAUGCUAGGGGAAGGACAUUUCUUCAUGUUGCAGUUGACAAAAUGAAAAUAUGGCCGGUCUGGUCUGCUUGCAGAAACCAGUCGUUAUCAUGGAUUUUAAAUAUGCAAGACAAUGGUGGAAACACUGCACUGCAUUUAGCCGUCCAAAAAGGAACACUGAUGAUAUUCUGUGCUAUAUUUGGGAAUAAACAAGUGCACUUAAAUUUAACAAAUGAGAAAGGAGAGACCCCGCUUGAUAUAGCACAUUGCAAUAUUCCCAAAGAAUUGCAUUAUAACCAGGUAAUAUACAUGCACAGUCAUUUUAUUUUUUUGCAUGGUUCAAAAUUGACUUAUUUUUUGAUUUUGCAGAACGCUGAAGUAAAAAUACAUCUAGCGCUCCAAGUCGCUGAUGCUAAACGGGGCAUUUGUCGCCUGGAUUACUUUGAAGAAAAUGAUAUUGUCCAAGUGAGAAAAGAUGAAAUGGAGAAAGUGAAAGAAGGGACAGGCAGUCUGUGUAUUGGCUCUGUCCUAAUUGCAACUGUGACUUUUGCUGCAUCUUUCGCCAUCCCUGGAGGUUACAGGGCUGAUGACCACACUAAUGGGGGCACACAAACGCUUGCUGGAAAGUAUACUUUUGAUGUGUUCACCAUAGCCAAUGCACUUGCCUUCACUUUCUCUGCAAUGGCUACUAUUUCUCUCAUGUUUUCUGGAUCUCCCAUGGUAUCUCUUCCAAUCCGGAAAAUGCACAUACAAUUGGCCUAUUUUCUCAUGGGGAUUUCGGUUACAAACUUGACAACUGCCUUUGCACUUGGUAGCUAUACGAUGUUAGCUCCAGUUGCCCAUAAGAUUGCCAUUGCAGUAUGUGUCAUGAGUUUUCUCGUAUUGCUAUAUCAGAAUUUGGACCUGACAAUCAAGAAUUGUGUUCUUGUGUCACCGUUGUUGAGGAGAAAGGGGAUAUGUUAUAGGAUAGUCACUAUCCCAUUGACAGCAUUCAUGUUCAUGGGCUCUGUUCUAUUUCAACUUCUUCCUGUAGUUGUGGUCUUUUAUUUGACUGUGUUAAGUCAUACCGGUCACAAAGUGGAACCAGCCGCACAACCACCGACACCAUUAGCUUGAAGAGGCCUAAGUAGAUAGACGUAUAUUACCAUCUUUAAGUGGAAGACAAUUGGAGGUUUCGGAUCUGCUAUCAUCAAAAAUUGUAUCAGAAGUCUGUUUGUUGAAGAACUAUAUAUAUGCCAAUUGGAGGUUUCGGAUUUGCUAUCGUCAAAAGUAUUAUCAGAAGUCUGUUUGUUGAAGAACCAUAACGAAUCAUGUGUUGUGUGCUGCUGUGCUUUGAUAUUUCUUUGUUGAAGAGUUAAUGUGCAUGUACCAAUGCAAACAAUUAA